AUGAGUUGCUGCAACAACUGCUGUUCAUGUUGCUGUGUGCCAUGUUGCAAGCAAAGCUGCUGCCAGCAAUGCUGCAAAAUUUGCUGCAAGCAAAGCUGUUGUGACCCCUGCUGCAAGACAAAAUGUUGUGAGCCCUGCUGCAAGACAAAAUGUUGCGAUCAAUGCUGCAAGACAAAAUGUUGUGACCCCUGCUGCAAGACAAAAUGUUGCGAUCAAUGCUGCAAAACAAAAUGUUGUGAACCCUGCUGCAAGACAAAAUGUUGCGAGCCUUGCUGCAAAACAAAAUGUUGCGAUCAAUGCUGCAAAACAAAAUGUUGUGACCCCUGCUGUAAACAAAAAUGCUGUGAGCCUUGCUGCAAAACAAAAUGUUGCGAGCCCUGCUGCAAAACAAAAUGUUGUGAUCCAUGCCCUAAACAAAAAUGUUGUGACCCCUGCUGUAAACAAAAGUGCUGUGACCCCUGCUGCAAACAAAAAUGCUGUGAGCCUUGUUGCAAGCCACAAUGUUGUGAGCCCUGCUGCAAACCACAAUGCUGUGAGCCCUGUUGCAAGCCUCAAUGUUGUGAACCCUGCUGCAAGCCCCAAUGUUGUGAGCCCUGCUGCAAGCCCCAAUGUUGUGAGCCCUGCUGCAAACCACAAUGCUGUGAGCCCUGCUGCAAGCCACAAUGCUGUGAGCCCUGUUGCAAACCACAAUGCUGUGAGCCCUGCUGCAAACCACAAUGUUGUGAGCCCUGCUGCAAGCCCCAAUGUUGUGAGCCCUGCUGCAAACCACAAUGCUGUGAGCCCUGUUGCAAACCACAAUGUUGCGACCCCUGCUGCAAGCCACAAUGCUGUGAACCCUGCUGUGAACCCUGCUGCAAACCACAAUGCUGUGAACCUUGUUGUGAACCCUGCUGCUGCCAGACUACCUGCAAGCAAUGCUGCCCUCCCUGCUGCAAGACCAAGAAAUGUUAAGAAGUCCCAGGAAGUCUAGAAAUCCCAGAGUGGAAUAGCUUAACCCCAGCAAGCCUGGAUUUCAAAGCUUCAGGACUAUGCUUUUAACGCACCAGCUUCUCACCUGACUCCUUCAAUUCCACCUUAGAUGUUUCUUCUGAUGUUCCUCUCCUUAUUCCAUUCAUGAAGGAGUCAAGACUUUUAUAUGUAGGAUAGGUGGUGUCUUUACUCUUCUCUUCAUGUAUGGGUUCCUUAACUGUUAAUAGAUCUUCAACUAAAUAUAUAGUCAAUAAUAAAAUUAUAGA